AACAGUUACGAUAGACUACCGUCAAGUUAGAACAUACUUUGUUGAAGAAAAAAUAUUAAUAGAAAACAAAUGGAUACGACAUUUAUCCCAGCUUUUUUUCUGUCGAGCAAUGGAUCGAUGAUAACCAGCCGGUUUGUGGAAUUCGGGAAAUAUUGUACAUUUUUCGCCGAUGAGAUCAUUGAAGGACGAGAUCCUUCUGCAAAGAUACUGACUAAACUCACCAAAUUCCCUCCCCUUAGAGAUGUACCUGAAAUGAACAGAGCAUUCGAUCUAUUGAAAGACUCAGCAUUUGCAUAUCAUAUGGCGAGUGUGAGAGACUACUUUGAACUUGGAAUAAAAGUUCACCAGUCAGGUGACUAUGUCGGCCAAAAUUUCGUGCCUUGUGACGUCAGUGGAGAAAGGAAAAAAUAUGACUUGUUCUUGCCGAAGAAGACAUUAGCUGUCUGCAGAAAAACAUUUUGGGAAUUGAAACAGACGUGUUACGACCACAAAGCCGCAGUACAACGCUUACAGGGCGCUGUCAAGACCUACGAAGAUCUUAAAAGAAAGUGCAUUGAGGCCUGUAGAAAUCUACAAAGUUCGACGAACGAAUUCUACGCCUAUACUAACAACACAGAGCACCCGACAGCUUUGGGACAGGAAAGCUUACAUGUCCACCAGAAAUGCGCUCAGCUUUCAAAGGAAUAUAUAAAGUGCAAAGAAAAAACUAAAAAGGCACAAGAGAAACUUGAAUCACUUUACAAAACCGAGAAAAAGAUCAGAGAAGAAAAACUAAAUAAGUUAGAAGAGGAACUUCGCUCAGUGAUUCAAACAAAAAUGAAAGAUACACUUUCGGAAGGACUGAAAAUCUUAAGGAAAGUUGCCAAUGCUGCACGAUUCCCUAAGAAACUCACGGAGAUGUUAGAGAGCUUUGAUUGUAAUAAAGCAGCAGCCAAACUUUAUAAAGACUUAUCAGUAAAUUACAUCCACCCUGUCGUUGAUCAGUCCCGUCCGGAUAUGCUGCUUGGAAGAGCAUCGUUCACAUAUGAUGACGUUUAUGUUAUGGACAAGGAAGAGCAGAGGUUUCGGUCAGAUGGAAGCUACAUUUCUGUACUGGAGGGAGCAGUACAUGAAAGCAGACAAGAGGAGCUGUAUGUAUGGGCAAAUACAGGUUUACAUGAGACAGACGAACAAUCUCAGCUCAAAUUCAAAAUGGACACAAAAAUCAAACAGAAGUUUUGUUCAGCCGACGGAAAUCUAGCAUUCGGGUGGACCAGACAAUUUGGAAGAAUCAAACAAUAUGGAUUCUUUCCAACGCGUGCAACUCGACUUGUACGUUGAAUAAUGACAUAAACAUUUAUUUUUGUUGUUUGCUAGUUUAAAUAAAUCUUUGAAAAAUGAAAUUGGAAUGAUUUUAUAUAUAU